GCUGAGGGAAGCCCGGACUCCGUAGUCGCUGCUUAGAGUCCGUCUCUCCGCGGAUUCCCGGCCCCGCCGUUCUCAGAUCUCUGUAGCCCGCGGUUCGCCGCCCCGCUCGCCGCCGCGAUGCCGGUGUUUCAUACGCGCACGAUUGAGAGCAUUCUGGAGCCGGUGGCGCAGCAGAUCUCGCACCUGGUGAUCAUGCACGAGGAAGGCGAGGUGGACGGCAAAGCCAUCCCUGACCUCACCGCGCCUGUGGCCGCCGUGCAGGCGGCCGUCAGUAACCUCGUUCGGGUUGGAAAAGAGACUGUUCAAACCACUGAGGAUCAGAUUUUGAAGAGAGAUAUGCCACCAGCAUUUAUUAAGGUGGAGAAUGCUUGCACCAAGCUUGUCCAGGCAGCCCAGAUGCUUCAGUCAGACCCUUACUCAGUGCCUGCUCGAGAUUAUCUAAUUGAUGGAUCAAGGGGCAUCCUCUCCGGCACAUCAGACCUGCUCCUCACCUUCGACGAGGCUGAGGUUCGUAAAAUUAUUAGAGUUUGCAAAGGAAUUUUGGAAUAUCUUACAGUGGCAGAGGUGGUGGAAACUAUGGAAGAUUUGGUCACUUACACAAAGAAUCUUGGACCAGGAAUGACUAAGAUGGCCAAGAUGAUUGAUGAGAGACAGCAGGAGCUGACUCACCAGGAGCACCGAGUGAUGUUGGUGAACUCGAUGAACACCGUGAAAGAGUUGCUGCCAGUUCUCAUUUCAGCUAUGAAGAUUUUUGUAACAACUAAAAACUCAAAAAACCAAGGAAUUGAAGAAGCUUUGAAAAAUCGUAAUUUUACUGUAGAAAAGAUGAGCGCUGAAAUUAAUGAGAUCAUUCGUGUAUUACAACUCACUUCUUGGGACGAAGAUGCCUGGGCCAGCAAGAAGGACACUGAAGCCAUGAAGAGAGCGUUGGCCUCCAUAGACUCUAAACUGAACCAGGCUAAAGGUUGGCUCCGUGACCCCAGUGCCUCCCCAGGUGAUGCUGGUGAACAGGCCAUCAGGCAGAUCUUAGAUGAAGCUGGAAAAGUUGGUGAACUCUGUGCAGGCAAAGAACGCAGGGAGAUCCUGGGAACCUGCAAAAUGCUAGGGCAGAUGACUGAUCAAGUGGCUGACCUCCGAGCCAGAGGACAAGGAGCCUCACCAGUGGCCAUGCAGAAAGCCCAGCAAGUGUCUCAGGGUCUGGAUGUGCUCACAGCAAAAGUGGAAAAUGCAGCCCGCAAGCUGGAAGCCAUGACCAACUCAAAGCAGAGCAUUGCGAAGAAAAUUGAUGCUGCUCAGAAUUGGCUUGCAGAUCCAAAUGGUGGACCAGAAGGAGAAGAACAGAUUCGAGGGGCUUUGGCUGAAGCUCGGAAAAUAGCGGAAUUAUGUGAUGAUCCUAAAGAGAGAGAUGACAUUCUACGUUCUCUUGGAGAAAUAUCUGCUCUGACUUCUAAAUUAGCAGAUCUACGAAGACAGGGAAAAGGAGAUUCCCCAGAGGCCCGAGCAUUGGCCAAACAGGUGGCCACUGCCCUACAGAACUUGCAGACCAAAACCAACAAGGCUGUGGCCAACAGCAGACCUGCCAAAGCAGCUGUCCACCUUGAGGGCAAGAUUGAGCAGGCACAGCGGUGGAUUGAUAAUCCCACAGUGGAUGACCGGGGAGUUGGUCAGGCUGCCAUCCGAGGGCUUGUGGCCGAAGGUCAUCGCCUGGCAAAUGUCAUGAUGGGGCCUUAUCGCCAAGAUCUUCUUGCAAAGUGUGACCGAGUGGACCAGCUGACGGCCCAGCUGGCUGACCUGGCUGCCAGAGGGGAAGGGGAGAGUCCUCAGGCGAGAGCCCUUGCAUCUCAGCUCCAAGACUCUUUAAAGGAUCUGAAAGCCCGGAUGCAGGAGGCCAUGACUCAGGAGGUGUCAGAUGUUUUCAGUGAUACCACAACUCCCAUCAAGCUGUUGGCAGUGGCAGCCACUGCCCCUCCUGAUGCACCCAAUAGGGAAGAGGUAUUUGAUGAGAGAGCAGCUAACUUUGAAAACCAUUCAGGAAGGCUUGGGGCCACGGCAGAGAAGGCGGCUGCUGUUGGAACUGCUAAUAAAUCAACGGUGGAAGGCAUUCAGGCCUCAGUGAAGACAGCCCGAGAACUCACACCCCAGGUCGUCUCAGCGGCUCGCAUCUUACUUAGGAAUCCCGGAAAUCAAGCUGCUUAUGAACAUUUUGAGACCAUGAAGAACCAGUGGAUCGAUAAUGUUGAAAAAAUGACAGGGCUGGUGGACGAAGCCAUUGACACCAAAUCUCUGUUGGAUGCUUCCGAAGAAGCAAUUAAAAAAGACCUGGACAAGUGUAAAGUCGCCAUGGCCAAUAUUCAGCCUCAGAUGCUGGUCGCUGGGGCAACCAGCAUUGCUCGUCGGGCCAACCGGAUCCUGCUGGUUGCCAAGAGGGAGGUGGAGAACUCUGAGGAUCCCAAGUUCCGAGAGGCUGUGAAAGCCGCCUCUGACGAAUUGAGCAAAACCAUCUCCCCAAUGGUGGUGGAUGCAAAGGCUGUGGCAGGAAACAUUUCUGACCCUGGCCUGCAAAAGAGCUUCCUGGACUCAGGAUACCGGAUCCUGGGAGCAGUGGCCAAGGUCAGAGAAGCCUUCCAACCUCAGGAGCCUGACUUCCCACCUCCUCCGCCAGACCUUGAACAGCUCCGACUGACAGAUGAGCUUGCUCCUCCCAAACCACCUCUGCCUGAGGGUGAGGUCCCUCCUCCCAGGCCCCCACCACCAGAGGAGAAGGAUGAAGAGUUCCCUGAGCAGAAAGCUGGGGAGGUGAUUAACCAGCCAAUGAUGAUGGCUGCCAGGCAGCUCCAUGAUGAAGCUCGCAAAUGGUCCAGCAAGCCGGGUAACCCAGCCGCUAAGGUGGGUGUAAGUGCUGUAGCUGAGGCAGAUGCGGCUGACGCUGUUGGGUCCCCUGUCCCCCCUGACAUGGAAGACGAUUACGAACCUGAGCUGCUGUUAAUGCCAUCCAGUCAGCCGGUCAACCAGCCCAUUCUGGCAGCGGCUCAGUCAUUGCAUCGGGAAGCUACCAAGUGGUCUAGUAAGGGCAAUGACAUCAUUGCAGCAGCCAAGCGCAUGGCUCUGCUGAUGGCUGAGAUGUCUCGGCUGGUCAGAGGGGGCAGCGGUACCAAGCGGGCACUGAUUCAGUGUGCCAAGGACAUAGCCAAGGCCUCAGAUGAGGUGACUCGGUUGGCCAAGGAGGUUGCCAAGCAGUGCACAGAUAAGCGGAUUAGAACCAACCUCUUACAGGUAUGCGAGCGAAUCCCAACCAUAAGCACCCAGCUCAAAAUCCUGUCCACAGUGAAGGCCACCAUGCUGGGCCGGACCAACAUAAGCGACGAGGAGUCUGAGCAGGCCACAGAGAUGCUGGUUCACAAUGCCCAGAACCUCAUGCAGUCUGUGAAGGAGACUGUUCGAGAAGCAGAAGCAGCUUCAAUCAAAAUUCGAACAGAUGCUGGAUUUACACUGCGCUGGGUUAGAAAGACUCCCUGGUACCAGUAGACACCUGGUUGAACCUGGCUAACACAGAAGCCCCUGCUGAACACAAUGAAAAUGAUCGGAGUCCCAGGAGCCACCCAAGAUUACUGGGGGGUUGAAAGCCACAUCUUGGCCUGACAUAACAGAAAGGAACGGGGCCUCUUCACAUUAGAAAACAUUUAUACUCUUGUCAUGGACACUUUGAAAUGUGUCUCCAUAUAAAGCCUGUAUUCUCGAACACGGCUUUACUUGUGCACACUCUGUCCCAAUAGGCAGAUCCCCGGGGUUUCUAGCCCAUGUACUUCACAUAAGCUCAGAAUCCAAGAGUGAACACUAGCCAGACAUCCUGUUCUGCCCUUGUUCCCUAAAGGACAGUUCCCUUUCUGCCCCCGUCCCCCCAUUCUUUCUGCCAGGCUCCCAAGACCCAGGGCUCAGGCAAGUCAGUUAAGGAAAUCACUGUGCCUCCAAAAUUUUUUUGGGCUUUCCAUGUUGCUGCUGACCCUGCCUGCCCUCCCUGGCUGUGCUACCUUGGUCCUUUUCAGGAGUGAGCUUCGCUGUUGCAGGGGAAGGUGGCCUCUGGGGAGCCCCAGCAUGUGGGGCCUGGAUUCACUUCCUGCCCUUCCCCAAUUUAAUCCUUCUAGUUUCCCACAGUACAAAACCAGAUUUCACUUUGUCAGGAGGAAAUCACCAAAUCAUGUGAUUCUGUCUUUACCUCGCUCCAGAGCAAUGUCUGUGCUAGGGAAACUUUCCGUCCCAUACCCUGCCUCGGCCUGCCAAGGCAGCCAUCCCAAGAACACACUGUGUGUCCUGGUGCUCUCUGCCACUGGAGAGGCAGAGUGGCCGGGGCGUGGCCUUCCCAUCCUCCCAGCAGGGCCACUCCCAGGCACUCCAUGCUUUGUCACUGCCUGCAGAGAUCUAUGCUGAGGCCUUAUCACUCAUUCUUAGCUCUUAUUGUUCUUUCUGAGCUGAAAUGCUGCAUUUAAUUUUUAACCAAAUCAUGUCUCCUGUCCUGGCUUUUGUAUUCUUCCCACACCCUUCCUAAACAAGGUUUUAAAGAUAUAUGCUUGUUCUAUAAUUUUGAAAGAUCGUUUUUAUCCUUUUGAAAUUCAGUCCUAAGAAUUGGUGCUUGUCCCCAGGAGUAUCUAAUGGAAAGGCAGUCCUGUCUGAAGGACACUUCCUACCUAAGGGAGGUGGUACUUGCAGACUGGAAUUCUGGCACUGCUGGGGAUGAAUCGAUGGGAAAUAGUCCUCAAUGAUUCCUACCUCCCUCAGCCAACGACAGCCAAGCCCCUUGCAUCCUACCCUCCCUCCUAAGUACAGUUGUUCAAGAGAGUAAUGGUAUAAUAUUUAAUUAUCACCAUAGUAAGUUUCCUAUUAGCAAAGUGAGAGAAGGCAAUUUUUCCUUUUUUGUACUUAUCACUGCUGUCUAAGCAUUCCCCAGCACAUGAAAUUAUAUUUCUUCCCAAAGCCAGAACUGGAUGAGUAAAGGAGUAAGAACCCUUGCCUGAAUGUCUUCCCCACCUCCAGUGUGUGUUAGACCCUAACAUCGAAUGUGUAAAACUUGUCUUAAGUUGGUACUGUACACUCAGGCUUCCUCUGUUUCCUUUUAACUGAUGAUUAUUUUCAAGGCCCUCAGCAUCCUUGUAUAGUUGCUUACCUGAUAUAAAUGCAAUAUUAAUGCCUUUAAAGCAUGAAUCUAUGCCAAAGAUCACCUUUUGUUUUACUAAAGACUACUUAGAGGAAGUAAGAAAAACAUGUUUGCUCUCGAAGUUCUUCCAGUGUUUUGAGACACUGGUUUACACUUUGUGCCAAUGUGCUUUUCUCUAAUAUCAGUGCUCAAGACACAGUGAAGCAAAUUAAAAAAAAAAAAAAAAUCCCUGAAAGCUGAUUAGACAUCACUAAAAAACUACAUUUAUAAGCUAGGAUUUGUUAUAUGCAAAUAUUUUCUGCCUCUUCUGUUUAAAACAAUAAAGUACAUUUAUAUAAAUAA